AUGCUGCGUGUUUGGAGCACGUCAGGACAAGAGUUUCCGGUGCAGACAGAGAAGUUGCAGGAUGUGGCUGGCCUGAAGCUCCGUCUGCGUGCGCAGUAUGGGUUCCCCCUUUGCCUCCAACAGCUGCUUCACGGGACCCUCUGCUUGGAGAAUACCUCCGAGCUCCAUGCGUUCGCGGAGCUUCAGCUGGUGUUGUUGGCGAUCUCCGCAGCCGGCAGCUGCGAGGCGGUGCAGGAGCUCGUGGCCUAUGCGGCCAUGAAGGGCAAUGUGAGAGUUGCCCGCCUUCUGUUGGAAGCGGGAGCAGACAAGGACUCCAUGGAUCGAGAAGGCAUGACUGCUCUCAACUCUGCAUCUUUGGCAGGUGACGUCGACAUGGUCCGUUUCCUGCUAGCAGCCGGUUGCAACAAGGAUCUACGAGACGGCUCUGGUAUGACAGCCCUCAGCCGAGCAUGUUCACGAGGCCAUGCAGAAGUAGCCAGGCUUCUGGUGCAGGCGCAAGCUGACCCGAACCUGCCCGAUGCCACCGACAGCAUGACGGCGCUGAGCCACGCGUGCGAGUCCGGCCAGGUGGAGGCAGCAAAGGUCCUACUGGCAGCACGGGCUCACAAGGACUGUUCCGACCGCCGCUUCGGCCUGACCGCCCUCAUCCGCGCAGCUUCCAAGGGACAUGUCGAGAUCGCUGGCUUGCUCGUGGAAUCUGGUGCCAAGCUGGACUUGAGGAGCAAUUCUGGCAUGACUGCUUUGGGCUAUGCAUCUUCCGAAGGCCACUCUGCGGUCGUGUGCUUGCUGUUGCAAGCCGGCGCCAGCGUGGACUUGCGAGACUUCUGCGGGAGAACGCUUUUCGGAUAUGCAGCUUCCGGAGGCCACCUGGAGAUCGUGCAUCUCUUGCUGGAGGCUGGUGUGGACGAGAAUGCGCGGGACUGCCUCGAUGGUAUGACGGCUCUGAGCCACGCAUCUUCCAAAGGCCACAUGCAAAUCGUCCGUGCUUUGAGCAGUGGUGCUGGCGUGGACCUGCAGGAGAAUCAGGGGCUUACUAGAUAG